AUGGGCACACAUGUACCCACAGAGGUCUUCCUGGGUGCCUCUGCUGUGUUUGUGAAGCUUUCCCACCACUUAAAGAUGCAAUUUUUGGGGAAAAUAGACACCCACCGUUCUGAAGAUAGCCAUUUAUCCUUCCGGUACAAGUUCUUCAUCAGAAUAUUCAGCUGCGUUGGCCUGGUCUGUUUGUUUAUCAGUCUUCUCUCUCCGUUCUGGAUUGAGAUCUUCCACAAGAAUUUCGUCACCAAUUUGGGCCUCUGGAACAUCUGCAUAAAAAGAAGAUGCAAGAGAAUUAGGCUGAACUCAAAAAUCCUCUUGGCCACCAGAAUCUUGAUGUCAGUCAGCACAGUCUUUGGCUUGGUGGCAACUGCCUGCACAUUGCUGUCCAGCACCACCUUAAGGCUAUCCAGGUGGCCAGCUGUCGCCAAUUUAUGCACAGGAAUCGUUUCACUGGUCACCAUGGUGUUGUACGGCACGUCAAUCUCACCCAACAGCCCCUUUGACAGCCCAGUCCCUUAUACUACCUCUCCAAAGUAUCUCUCCUGGUCCUUUGUGAUAGGCUGCUUGGCCGCCUUCCUGUUCCUGACAAACACCAAUGUCUAUGGUGCCCGGACGCUCCUGGUCUUAGCCCUUUUCUGUGGAAUUAUUGGGGCCUCAUUUAUGACAUUCACUUACCGCUACUCCUCCCCUUUCACAAUAUACCGCUACCUGGUUGCUGCAAUGGGAUCUUUGAUUGCAGCUGCCUUGGUGUUCUUAGCUCUGAGCAUUUACACCAUCCGUAUCUCCACGCACUCCAUCAGCAGAACAGGCAAUAUCACGUACCUGUUGUCUUUUUACAUGGCCUGGACCUCCUGCCCUUGCUUCAUUUUAAGCGGUUUGUUCAGCCUGAUGGCACACCAACGUUUGCUGGUGCACGGAUCCGGCUUAUCAGAUGGAGAAAGCUCCACAGCCAUGUCAAGCUCCUCAGCAUGGACCUCAAGCUCCACGAGCUAUUUGGAUGAUUCAGAUGGAAAGACGUCUAUUUCAAGGCGGUCCUUUCCUAAAUAA